GCAGCAAAAUGCAUGGUGAAAUGUUUUUCCUCCAGCUUCUUUUCAUAGGAUUGACUUCUGCAGAUCUUUUGCAGAAUCCAGAUUUUGAAUCCCCACCACCAAAGUUGGCAGCAAAUUUCUCAACCCCAUUUGUUCUACUAAAUGAAAACAACACAAUUCCUGGAUGGACUUUUGAAGGGACAGUCCGAUAUGUAACAGCCAAUCAAGUCGUGAAAUUGCCAGAUAAUGGGCAUGCCAUUCAACUGGGACAAGAUGGGAAGAUCAACCAGACUUUCAUUGCCACUGGUGAUAAUAUGAACUAUCUACUUACGUUCACACUGGUCCCUGGUGGUCAGAAUUGUUCAGCUAAUGCAGAUGUAGUAGUGUCAGCACCUGACAGUAGAGGAGUCUUCUCUUUGAAACAGCAUUAUGGGAAGGAGAGCUGGGAAAGCUAUGGUCACUACUUGGGUAGAUGGGAUCGGGGUGAACCUAUUAAUCUUGUGAUUGAAAGCCUAACUACAGAAUCGGAUGCUAAUUCAACAUGUUGGCCAAUGAUUGAUAUGCUGUUUCUCAAAACCGACCCAGCACUUGCUCAAGCUGAUGGUAACCUAUUGCUGAACGGAGGUUUUGAAGUUGGCCCAGAUUUCUUGAGUAAUUCUACUGAGGGAAUUUUACUUGAAUCAGCACCAAGUCCUGUUCAGUCUGCAUUACUGCAGUGGACUGUGAUAGGAACAGUCAAAUACAUAGAUUCCAAGCACUUCUUUGUACCCGAAGGCAAUGCUGCUAUUGAGAUUGUCUCAGGAGUUUCAACUGGCAUACAAAUAGACGUAAUGCUUACCGAGGGUUCUUCAUACUAUGUGAAUUUUACAGCGGGACACGCCGGAGAUGGAUGCGACAGAAAGCUUAUGGUAAGGGUUCAAGCAGGACCAGUUGUCCGAAAUAUUACCCUUGAAAGUUCAGGUACAAGGUCAGCCGUCAAGUACUCAGUGCCUUUCAAAGCAGGUUCCGGUCCAAAUCCAAUCAGUUUUCUCAGCGGUAGCACAAACCAGACCAAAGAUGGUGUGUUUUGUGGCCCUAUAAUUGAUGAAGUAGUCUUGCGUGCCUCCCAUGGGCUGAAACCACAACUGAAGUUGGAGAUUUUAAUUUAUGUUUUAGUUCUGGCCGUAGUUCUGUGAUUAAGAAAUGAAGGUAUUACACUUUUAUAAGUCCCAAGUUUAAUAGCCUCUUGUAAGCAUCAUUUAUUUAAUACAUCUGAGAACAAGAAUUUUUAUCUUUUGCUUCUCCCAAGUAGUAAACAAAGCUGAGCAGGUAAAUAAGUUGUAUAA